AUGUCGGAAACUCAGUCUGAUCCGAUAGAUGUUUCGAAGUUUAAGAAUGGAGAUGAUGUUCAUUUUGAUUAUAACAGUACUACCAACGACCAAACGAUAAAUUCAACGAAUGUACAGAAGAAGAAAAAGAAGAAGAAGAGUAAGAACAAGCAUAAAGGAUCGCCAAAUGUGGAAGCGACAUUGAAUGAUCCAGAUGUAGAGUAUCCAACGUCUAGAGUGAUAAAACAAGCUCCUAAUGGAGACGUAAUAAUUGAAAGUUUGGAUGAGCCUUCAGAUGCACAUACCAAAUCUGUGACGGCGAAUAUAUGGGAUAAUGCUACAUUAGAAGAACAAGAGAACUUGAAGGCAUUCUGGGAGUCGUUGGAUGAAGCGCAAAAAAUUGAGUUGGUGAAAAUUGACAAGAAAUCUAUAAUGGAUAUAUUCAAGAAUGAAAGUAAGACAGUCAACACACUGAAUAACCAUCAAAAUAAUAGCAAUACUCAAGGAGGUCUGACGAGUACUAGUGGUGGAGCGCUCAAUGGAUCUAGCACCAAUGUGAAUAUACCGGGCGCCCCAUCUAAUUCAUCAAAUGGCGCAUGUACUUGUUCUUAUUGUGGCCGUAAAAAUAAUUUUAUCGAAGACGAAUUGGAGAAUAUAUACGAUAAUCAUUUUGAUGAUAUUAUAGAUUUCAUUCAUGAAGUUCGAGAUAUAAACGAUCUUAAUGCAUUACCUGGCCUUUUGUUUGGCGGAUUUCAUAUGUUGGAGGAAGAACAUAAACUUCAAAAACGACAACAAAAGUAUAAAUAUAAACAAGAACGAGAUGCCCACCAUGAUCACCAUAAUCAUGAACCGGGACAUAUAUGCAGUGAUACAGGUUCAAGUGGUGAUUAUGAUGGAUCAACCCAACAAGACCAACAACACCAAUAUGAACAUGAAAUCGAACAUGCCUUUCAAGAGGAUGAACAUGAAGACGAAUGUGGACACAAGAAUGAUCACAGUCAUAGUCAUAGUCAUAGCCAUACUGAGAACCAUAAUCAUAGUCAUAGUUACGACCCUAAUCAUAAUCAUAGUCAUAGUCAUUUUCAGUAUGAUCAAAUAGAAGAAUUGAACAAUGAAGAUGAACUCUCUCAGGAGGCAGUUUUACAGAAGUCUCUUGAUGAUGAAUUAAAUAAGGAAUUAGGUGACGAAUCAAAUAAUAAUCAGCUGUCCAUAGCGACCAAAGAGCAGAGAGUGUUUCACAAGCUUCUCGAUCCUAAGUUAUUUGAAGCUUUAGAGAACCUUGACUUUGAAAAAAUGAAAGAUACGCCUGCAAAUAAUCAUCUGGCACAUAUACUUGAAAAGGCUGGAUCUCUAAGAGAUAUCAUUAGAGACUUACAUAAAGCUGAUAAGGUUGAAUUAGAGAAAGGAAUGGCUUUCUUACAAAAUAUGGGAAAAAUAUUUUCUAGCGACAUGAGCAAUGCGAUGAAUCAUGAUACGUUGAAUGAUCAAAUAUCUAAUGGACUUUCAAGUUUUGCUGAGGACUUAUUGAAAAAUGACGGUAAUUCCUUUAUUGAUAUGAUGGAGUCACUCUCUGAAUCAAGAACAGCAAGAGAAGACUUAUUGAAGGAGAAAUUCGAUAAAGAGCCCUCGGCUGCCUGGAUUGAUGAAGAUGAUCAUACUAAAUCAGAUACUGAUAUAUCAAUUCCUAAACCUGACCUUCACCAAGUUCAAGAAUUAGAAGAAGAACUAAAUGAUGAAUAUGACGAGGUGGACGAAGAUGAUGAUGAAGGAGAAGAAGAAGGAGAAGAAGAAGAAGAAGAAUUAGAUGAUGAAGAAUUUGAGGAAGAUGAAGAAGAGGAUGCUAGUGAUACUGAGUCUGAAAUUUCUGAGGAAGAAAAGAUGCAGGAGAUUCGCCGGUUAUUCUUAAUACAAGUCAUUAAAUUAUUUCAAGAAAGGCUCAAGAACGCAUAUAAAGAAAAGCUUUCACAAGAUAGAACGAGAACAUUGAUUGAAGAAUUAGAAGCUGAAGAAAAUGCGAAAAAAGAGCGGGAAAUGAAAAAGUUGAGACAGAAGGAAAAAGCUAAAGAGAAGAAAAGGCUUCAGCAAUUAGCGAAAGAAGAGGAGAGACGAAAGAAAGAAGAAGAACAAAAAGCAAAAGAAGAAGAGUUGAAGCAAAAGCAAGAAGCUUUAAGAGCAGAACAAAGGCGUAAAAAAGAAGAAGCAAAGCAAAAACGAGAAGAAGAGAAAAGAAAGAGAAUUGAGGAAUUGAAAAGGAAAGAAUUAGAGCAUCAAAAGAGAUUAGAAGCUCAGCGUAAAAAGGAAGAAGAAACUAAGAAACUUAAGGACGAAAAAAAGAAGAAGAUCGAAGAAGAACGUAAGCAGAAGGAAGAAGAAAAGAGGCAAAAAGAGCUACAGAAGAAAUUGGUUGAAGAAGAACGUUCGAAAUCGGCGAAAAAACAAGAUCAUAAAGAGACAGGAAGUUCAGAAGAUAUAAGUCAAUUGUCUAGAGACCUUGAAAAUGCAAGAUUAGGUCAAAAUUUUAACAUUCCAUCGCCAGUGGUUCCUGACACAUUAUUAGCGCAACCCCAGGAACCAAGGGUCAAAUCCCCUACGAAGAAUCAUAUAUUGGAUCAAUUGUACCUUGCUAAGCCAAGAUCAUUAUCAAAUUCAACAAACUCCACACCUCAAAUCAAUAAUGUUACACCUGGAUAUAUCCCAGAUCUUUCUUCAAAUAGCAUGUUGCCUUCAGUUUUAUCACCCUCUGGCCAUAAUAUUUUACCAAAUAAUGGUAAUGUGAACAAUCAAGCAGUUCCUUCCCCUUGGUCAUCCCAAGCUUUCAAUGCAAACACUCAAGCUCCACCAGUAUAUCAGCCACAACUUUCUUCCAAUGCGUUUAGUCCAUUUAACAGUUCAUUGAGUCAAAACUCGCUUUCCUCGAAUGCAAAUGAAAAUCUUAAUACGAAUCCCUUAAAUACAACUGGUUUUAACGAGCCAUUUGCAACAGCUGCUCAGCCUUCAAGUGUCUGGAAUCCUGGUGCUACAUCUAGAAACAAUUCUAUAUGGAGCAAUUCUCCAAACGUUGCUUCAAAUUCGACCUUGUGGGGCAAUUCUGUCCCAGCACCUCCAGUUGGAGCAGCAGUAGGAGGCAAUCCGAACAGUUUAGACAGUGAUCUAAUUCAAGCUGCUGCAUACCAAGCAUUCCAGUUCUUACAGAAUUCAAAUCAAUUAGAAUUUGGUGUGGCUCCUAGUUUGAAAUUGUUUCAGACAGCCAAAACGAUUCUUUCAAACCAGGGUCUUACACUCAACCAAUUUCUAACCUCGUGUAGAAAUACUGGCUCAUUAUCUGGAUACGGAUUUGAUUUUAUAUACGACGACUUCGGAACAGUAACACAUAUCAAAGCAUCAUCAACUAAUAUACCUCAGCAACCUCCACAUAACAAUGUCAAUACCCAAUCCAUUAAUAGCUUGGGACUAGGGAAUGCCGCAGUCAAUGACAAUGAAUCUUCUUUAUUGAAUACAUUGAGCGAUAUCAAUAAUAAUCCUAAUUCAUUUUCAAAUGGAGUACGUGGAUUAUGGAAUUGA